ACUAAUAGAAUUGUUUGACAAUACAUAUCGAUAUCGACAUCCGCAGUAUCCUUGCUCCAGUUCGUGCAGAAACAGAACCUUUUUUUUUUGGAGCGGGUAGGAGGAUCGAAAGAGGGUUGGGAAAAAAAUAUAAAAUCAGCAGAUAUAAACAUUUAUCCGAUUAUUGAUCGUUUUAUCUCGGCGUCGUUUUUAUUUUUUUCCUGAUUUUCUCUACACUCGAGAAGCUAUUUAUAACGUGGAAGAAAGUAAUAGAAAAAAUAAACGCGUCAUGUCCUCGGAUAGUGAUAAUGCACAGGGCUCGGCGAGAGGUAAUGUCAUGUCAGAACAUAUCCACGAGGUAGACAGUCAUAUCUGUACAGCUAUAAAUGAAAGCACGGGAAAUAUUUGCGGGGAAACCGAGGGUCUCCGUAUCCUUGACCAGUUUCGUCAAAUUUACGAAGCAAGGAUCGACAAAAUCGAGCGAGAUGAAGCUACCGGUACCGCCGCUGAUUUUAUACCCUUGAAACUGAGCGUGAUGAAAGAAUGGAUCAAAGAUUUGGGCGAACAAAAUGUUAUGCUCGUCCGUACAGUUGAAGAACUGGAGCAAGCCGCUUGCUUCAGAGUCAAAAUACUCGAAGAAAAACUCAGAGAAACUGCUGGAAUUGUAUCAGAAAAAAUGUCUAGGCUUACCAAACCCAGCGAAGAUACUGUAAACAGCUUAUCAUCGCGGAUAAAUGAAUUGGAAAGAGAGGAAGAAAUACUGCAGGCGAAAAUAGAAGUUCUCCAAUCCGACAUCAGAGGUUUGUUGGAGUUGAUCAGGAGAGCGCGUUGCGAGAAUUGUUGGUCCAUCGAAGGGAUAAAAUUCUAUGGAAUAGUUCCAGAACAAAUCGCAUCACCACCAGUAUGUCCCUGCUCAGAGGAGCUCAGCGAAAAUGAGAGCAUUGAAUCGUUGAAACGUCAGCUGGAAGUUCUCAGCAAUAAUGAGAAGAAAGCUCGCAAAUAUCAAGCCGAAUUGGAGCAGAAAGUUUCCGACCUCGACAACAAAUUGAUAGUUCGAGAGGAAUCUCUGAAAAAGUACAUUUCUAUGCUCGAAUCGCUCAGGGACAAUCUGAAAAAACGAUCGACUCGAAAUAAUCAGAGUUUUCAGGGCACUCGUCACUCUAACAACGAUCUCGAGUUUGACAUCGCCUCGAUCGUGGAAAUGGUUGAAAGUGCAAUCGCCACGAGAAGAGAAGAAGAUCGAGGGGACCACCACGCAGAAGUGGAGCUUGCCGAGAAGCGGAAUUUUAACAACAAGGAAGUUGAAGAGCUGCGAUUGAAACUCCAGGAAAAAUCAUUGGAAAUCGAGCGGUUAUCGCGUCGCUUAAGCUUUUUGGAAAAAGAGUCUUUGGAAACUCGAGAGGCUUUGACGAACGAAGUGGCCGAGAAACACGAUAUGGGUAUAGCGUUACGUGCCGAAGUAACAGCUUUGGAGGAACAGUGUCGUCGCGCGAACAUGCUGAUGCAAUUCAAGGAAGAUAUUAUCAAGGGCAUGCGAAGGGAAUUGAAGCAGCAUUCAAGCACGAAGGGUCCAGGUUCUUCGGGACGAAAAGUCAGAAUCAAUGCUGAUGUUGUUUAUUGCGAUCAAGCAGCUGAUAGUGAAACCAAAACGUCGUCGAAUCGCAACGAGUCAAGCCUCGUUUCGGAUCUGACGAAAGCCAAAGCUUCGUGGAGACGUGAAAAUGAAGCUCUUCAUUAUUUGAGAUCGGAGCUCGAAGAAGUUCUCGAGGAAUUGCAUAACAAGGAACGACAGAAUUACGAACGUGAUAUGGCGAGCGCUCAAACGAAACUCAAAGACAUUGGAACGCUCUUAGACAAUUACAAAAGCGACGUUAUCGAUCGUAACGAUACGAAGCGAGAAGGGAAGCAGACUGAUGACAAAAUUACUAUACAAAAAUUGACCAAGAGUAUAGCAAAUCUUUCGAAAGUUUGCGCAGAAAAUAGUAACGGAAUUGUUCUUCUCGAACGAGCUUUAGAGAAUAGUGAAAAGAAUGAACCAGUUUUCAGUCACGAGGCCCGAGUCACUCGAGAAUUCAACGAGCGAUGGAAAUGGGACGUAUUCGAUCGGCAAUUCAACGCGAUGGAAGAAUUUCGAGUGUGCACCGUUGAGGCUCAGGCAGCGACAGAAAACUUGAGAGAAGAGAUGGAGAUCGCUGUGUGCAAUUUACAAACUCGGCAUCAACAAUAUCUCGGUCUGUCGAGCGUCGUGAAACAAAUGCAAAAUCUUCUAGCAAGGACAAAGGAGAAUGUGUCUUCAGUGAUGAGUCACUUGGAACAGCAGGAGCACGAUAAAAUGCGUUACCAUGAAAAAAUAGCCUCGGGAGAGAUGAAAUUGAAGGACCUGAAAAACGAGAUAAACAAAGUUCGUAUGGAGCAUUCUCGAGACGUGGUUGAUUUGGCGAGUCAGCAAAAAACCGUAUCAUCGAUGACCGAGCCGAAUUCAUCGCGAAACGUGAUUGACAGAGUCGUUGACAUAGUCGAGCAGGUUGCUUCUCAUCUACGUGUACUUCAAGCACAGGAACAAUGCGGGACCACGUUGCUGACGGAACUGAGGGGUCAACUGAACACAAUGGAACGAAACUUGAAUGAUGUUCAGAAUGAAACGGACCGGGUGUUGUCGGACAAUGAAAUCGCGCAUAAGGUCUUCAACGAAAAAAUCGAGAGACUGGACAAAUUCGAGAAGGAGUUGGAUUACGCUCACACGAAAAUGCAAGACACUUUAGAGAGCAUUGUACAGUCGAAACAGAGAAUGAUCGACGUUGGUGUUUGCAAUCUCUGCUCAUGUACGCCGAGCGACACUGCUAUGUCGGGACCCGAGACAGCCUCGAGACACGAGGAAUAUCACAAAAAUUCAUCGAAGGAUGUUGAACAACUGAAAAACGCUUUGAGGUCGAAGGAAAAAUUGAUCGAGGACAAGGAUGAAAUUAUCCGGAUCCAAAAGGACUCGAUCACAAUGACGCAUGUCGAGCUGAAGGACCUGCAUCAAAAAAUGCAAGCGAAGAUCGAUGCGCAAAAUAUUGCGAUAGCCCAGCACGUGGAAGAAAAAAAACUUUUAUUGGAACAGAGCAAGCUCCAGAGUCAAACUAUCGGUCACCUGCGCGAAGCCGUGGUCGAAGCCAAAAAGAAUUUAGCUACGAAGCAUCAACCGAGCCAAAAAUCAGUCAUCGAUUUGUCCGUGAGUGAGGUGUGGAAUCCAAUAACACCCACGAUAUUCAAUAGCAGCGACGUGCAUGACGUUUACAUGGUACGUACUUGUGAGAAUUUUAUUCCCUCGAUAUUUCUAGCAUACAUAAAUUCACUUUUGAAAGUCUUUCAGGCCUGUGACAAAGACGAAGUUAUUCGUGUGUUGACUUUAUUUCUGAGAGAAACUCAAACGCAGUACAACGAUUGUUUCGCCGAGGUGAGUUUCCAUUUCAACAUUCUGUUCGUUCCUCAAACGCUUUUCUCAACUCACUUCUAUCAAAGUAUUGACUCACUAAUUCAAACUUUUCGUUUAAAGGCAGCAGAACAAGAUACACGUUUGGAACUCCACCGCGAGGCCAUUGAAAGUUUACAAAAAACGAUCAUUCACAAAGAUCUUGCUUAUUAUUCGUUAUUGAUUAAGGCUCAGGCAUUUUUCCGUGGUCGUAUCGGUGACAUCAGACUCGUUAGAGCAAAGCUGGACAGUCUGGUGAAAUCGAAGAAAUGUUUAGAGGACAAGUGCCGAAGGAUUAAACGUCUCUGGAGAGAAGCGGACAGAGAAUUACGAAAAAUAAAGUGUAUUGGGAUAUGCGAAUCACAUCCGCAGAAAUCAUAUUGCGAAAAAUGUUCCACGUGUGCAGAUGGAAUUGAAUUAGCCGAAAAUACGGAGAUGGAAUCCAAAGUUGAUUUUCUGAUGCGUGAAAACGAAGAUUUGAAAAGACAAUUAAAGAGUCGUCGUCUCGAAGCUGACAUUUUCGACGAAGAAGUGAAAAAUCAAUUGGAUGAGCACAAUCGAUCACAGGAACUCGCUAAAGGAUCGGACAACACGGAAAAUUGUCCAGUCAAUGGACAAGUUGACUUGGAGCUCGUUCUCAAAAAGCAUCUCGCAUACGCGUGUGCCUUGAUCGAAGAAUUACAAUUGGCUCGAGACAGAGGAUCGAUGAAAACAGAUUCAACGACUUUGGACCAAGCUAAUUUGAAUUGCACGUCGAUCAAGGAUGAACUUCAGCGACGAAAUGCCGAGUUGGACAAAUUGAUCGAGGAAGCAAGAGAAAAGCAAGAGGAACUUGCAAUGCUUCAGGACAUGAGGAAACAGUUUGAAAAAAGCGAACAUUUGGAACGAAUGAAUGAGUGCUUGAAAAAGGAACUAUCAGAAUUAAGAAAAACUACAGAAAGUGCAUGCUGUGUAAGAGAUCAAGGAGAAAAUUAUUCAAAUUCACUAAAUACUGAGGACAGUAAAAUAACAACCUGCAAUAGAAAUUCGAACCCUGAAGAAAGGGAAAUGUAUGUCAUUGGGGAAUUGAAGGAGCAAUUGUCGUCAACGAGGGAACUGACCGAAGAUUGCCUGACCGAAUUGAGGGUCUCCAAAGAAAUGUUAUCUUUCCUGCGAGAGAGAAUUUGUUCGCUGAAAAAAUUAUUAAAGAAAAAAUCAGAUGAAAUGGCUAAACUGCAAGCAGAUCAUCAAAUGAUUAAGAACGAUUACUCGAUUAUGAAGACUGAGAAUAGUAUAUUCGCGGAAAAGGCGCGAGCAGAAAUUCGCGAAUUUCGAGAAAAGUUAAAAGCACUCCAGUCGGAAUUGCAUAUCGUUGACGAGAAUUAUCAGAGGGUGAGCGAGGACUUUGACAAAAGUCAAAAGCUUUUGAUUGAGGCUGCAAGACGAGAGGUUGAAUUGCAACGUGGAAUAACAACGAUGGAACAAAUCUUUUAUACGAAAUUAUCGUGUGCCGAGAGAGAAGGAAAACGUUUGAGCGAUUUGGUGGACAUUCUCAGGAGCGAUUUGGAAAGUGCACGAGAAGAAUUGACCAUUAGAGAGGAAAAUUUGACCGAGAAGUGUCAAGAUGCCUACGACCAAGUGGAAAUUCUUGAAGAUCAAGUUGCACUGUUGGAUGAAUCGAAGAAUUCGUUAACUCGACAACUACAGGAGUGUAGACUCGAAAAUUGCAAGCUCAUAGCCGAGAAUGCACGUUUAAUGGAAAAUAGCUGUAAAUGCGUGAAAAAGCUCGAGGACACUCACAACGCAUUGCUCGAGUUGAGAGGCGAGUGCAAAACGAAAACGCAAACAUUGAACUCGAUCUCGGCUGAAUUGAACCACGUGGCUGCUAGCAGAUCCGAGCUUUGCGACGAAUCGCAACGCGUUGUCGCUUGUAUACGUGCUUGGAUUGAGGAGCAGAGGAAGCUCGUUGAAAAUCUUUCGAAAAAGUUGAAAAACGAGAAAAAUCGUAUCUCCCGAUACGCCUUCGAAAAAAAAGCUUUGGUGGCGACAGUGAAGGAAUUGAGUCGAGUGAACGGAACGUUGAGCGAAUUUUCGAUGAGACGGAAAGCGUGCCAGGGGCACAGUCCGAAUCGUCGUUACGCUAGAUCUAACGGUUAUCAAUCAUCGACAUCGUACAGCAGAUCACAAAAGCCAGUGACGAGCUCGAGCGCGACAGUGUACACGCGUCCGUUGAAGGUUCGAUGCCAUAUUUUAUUUCAGGCUAUCUCUCUCUGCGUAGGCAAUACGAGAGACGAAAAAAAUAGUACGAUAAUAAAGCGACAUCGUUAUCCGAGGCUACAAAAGAAAAUAAUAAAUUUUCAGAGACGCUGCGUUUGCCUGACUAAAACAUCGCGGCGUACUCUGCUGCGUGGAAAUUCUUGGUGGUUCCCAAAAUUGGAGCACGUGAGCAAAGAAUUGUGUAGAAAAAAUCGUCGCCACGAAGCCAAAAUGAACGAGGGAUGGCUCAGUGACACGAGCAUGGACGAGGCUCGUGAUUUCGGAUAUCAGUCUUCGGCGAGCAAAUAAACCUUCGUCAAUCACACUUUUUAUAAGACCCUGGUUGUUUUUUAACACUGUUUAGUAUAGUGUACACUUACACGCCGAUUAUAUUUAGCAAACUUAAGGAUGCACAAUGUUUUUAUACAAUUUAUCUCUAAUAAAACGAAACACUCAACUUC